GCCCCCCGCGGCCGCAGCCGCUGCCCCGGGCCGGGCGCCCGCGGCGGCACCAUGAGUCCCCGCUCGUGCCUGCGUUCGCUGCGCCUCCUCGUCUUCGCCGUCUUCUCAGCCGCCGCGAGCAACUGGCUGUACCUGGCCAAGCUGUCGUCAGUGGGGAGCAUCUCAGAGGAGGAGACGUGCGAGAAACUCAAGGGCCUAAUCCAGAGGCAGGUGCAGAUGUGCAAGCGGAACCUGGAAGUCAUGGACUCGGUGCGCCGCGGUGCCCAACUGGCCAUUGAGGAGUGCCAGUACCAGUUCCGGAACCGGCGCUGGAACUGCUCCACACUCGACUCCCUGCCCGUCUUCGGCAAGGUGGUGACACAAGGGACUCGGGAGGCGGCCUUCGUGUACGCCAUCUCUUCGGCAGGUGUGGCCUUUGCAGUGACACGGGCGUGCAGCAGUGGGGAGCUGGAGAAGUGCGGCUGUGACAGGACGGUGCACGGAGUCAGCCCACAGGGCUUCCAGUGGUCAGGAUGCUCUGACAACAUCGCCUACGGUGUGGCCUUCUCACAGUCGUUUGUGGAUGUGCGGGAGAGAAGCAAGGGGGCCUCGUCCAGCAGAGCCCUCAUGAACCUCCACAACAAUGAGGCCGGCAGGAAGGCCAUCCUGACACACAUGCGGGUGGAAUGCAAGUGCCACGGGGUGUCAGGCUCCUGUGAGGUAAAGACGUGCUGGCGAGCCGUGCCGCCCUUCCGCCAGGUGGGUCACGCACUGAAGGAGAAGUUUGAUGGUGCCACUGAGGUGGAGCCACGCCGCGUGGGGUCCUCCAGGGCACUGGUGCCACGCAACGCACAGUUCAAGCCGCACACAGAUGAGGACCUGGUGUACUUGGAGCCUAGCCCCGACUUCUGCGAGCAGGACAUGCGCAGCGGCGUGCUGGGCACGAGGGGCCGCACAUGCAACAAGACGUCCAAGGCCAUCGACGGCUGUGAGCUGCUGUGCUGUGGCCGCGGCUUCCACACGGCGCAGGUGGAGCUGGCUGAACGCUGCAGCUGCAAAUUCCACUGGUGCUGCUUCGUCAAGUGCCGGCAGUGCCAGCGGCUCGUGGAGUUGCACACGUGCCGAUGACCGCCUGCCUAGCCCUGCGCCGGCAACCACCUAGUGGCCCAGGGAAGGCCGAUAAUUUAAACAGUCUCCCACCACCUACCCCAAGAGAUACCGGUUGUAUUUUUUGUUUUGGUUUGGUUUUUGGGUCCUCGUGUUAUUUAUUGCCGAAACCAGGCAGGCAACCCCAAGGGCACCAACCAAAGCCUGGGCCUUUGUGGCUGCCACUGACCAAAGGGACCUUGCUUGUGCCUCUGGCUGCCCGCAUGUGGCUGCCACUGACCACUCAGUUGUUAUCUGUGUCCGUUUUUCUACUUGCAGACUUAAGGUGGAGUAACAAGGAGUAUUACCACCACAUGGCUACUGACCGUGUCAUCGGGGAAGAGGGGGCCUUAUGGCAGGGAAAAUAGGUACCGUCUUGAUGGAAGUCACACCCUCUGGAAAAAAGAACUCUCAACUCUCCAGCACACAUACACAUGGACUCCUGGCAGCUUGAGCCUAGAAGCCACGUCUCUCAAAUGCCCUGAGAAAGGGAACAAGCAGAUACCAGGUCAAGGGCACCAGGUUCAUUUCAGCCCUCACAUGGACAUCUAGAGGUUCGAUCUCUGUGGGUCCUUCCAGGCAAGAAGAGGGAGGUGAGAGCAAAAGAAGGCUGAAGUCCCACCCUAGAACCCAUCCUGCUGGGAGGAGGAAACUUAACCACUCCGCAGACCCACCUAGACAGGCAUAUAGGCUGCCAUCCUGGACCAGGGAUCCUGGCUGUGCCUUUGCAGUCAUGCCCCGGAGUCACCUUUCACAGUGCUGUUCCUCCAUGAAACUGAAAAAGGAGACCACACACACACACAGAGACACACACACACACACAGAGACACACACACACACAGAGACACACACACACACACACACCUGCGAGAGAGAGGGUGGAGAGGGCUGUGCAAUAAAGUCCACUCCCAUUAUCUUACUCAAUACAAUUUAUUGAGCAAAUACGUGUUCUAGGCCCUGUACAGGCCAUCUCACUUGAUGGCCACAACAGUCCUGGGAAGCAGACAAAACAGGAAUGCUAAUGCCCAUCUGACAGCAGAGAGGGCAAUGCUCCCCAGACCUCUCACAGCAAGCUGGAUGGGGAGGCAGGGCCAGAAGAGUCCUCCAGCCAAGCCUCCUCCUUGGUUCUUGUACCCGAAGGCAGAGAAACUGCAGGUCUUGGGUCUGAGCCUGGGGCAGGGGGUUCUGGCUGGAGGAAGAGGGGCAGGGAAGCAGCAGGAGCCAGGGAAGCAGCAGGAGCCAGAGACCACAGGCUGAGCUGGAGCCCACAUGGUUCCUGAGGGCAGAACAGGCUCAGAGGAAAGAUGUGAACAGCUGGAAGGCUGACAGUGAGGUUUCAGCAGUGUGACGCACCCAUCCCCAGCACAUCCAAGUCCCUAGGGUCCCAGGUACCAUAGGUACUGCAAGACUUCCCGAGCAACCUGGGGCCUGACCAGCAACCUGGGCCUGACCCUGUACAACCGCCAAACCAUCAGGAGCCCCGCCCAGGCUUGUGAGCAGGACAUGCACGGAGCAAGACCUUGCCCUUGACCCAACUACUUCUCAGAUGGGCUCCCAAUCACCAGAGGAAGUUGCUCUCAGCCCACUUUCCAGACUGCCCCCACACUGGGGCUCUAAGUUUCAGGUCUGAGAUCUUAUGCUCUGUGAUCUCCCAUUUGGGGUUCCCAGACUCCAAGCUCCUGGCUCCUGUGUUCAGUGGCUGAAUUCAACAUCCAAGAUUCGGAAUAUGGGCUCCAGCCUGCAGAAACUCUUCUCCAGGCAUUGUGGUUUGUGCCUCCUAGUGUUGGCUCCCUCGUGAAAAGAGGGUCAACACCCUUGGCCCCCAGCCAAGAUCUCUGCUCAAUGGCCAUACAAGGAGGAAGCCAAAACCAAGUGAGGUGCUGGAGCCACAUUCAAAUGUGGUGAUAAUCUUGGGGCAGGCCAGCUCUGAUGUGGAUGAAAGCUGAGCCAAAUGUCGCCACAGCUGCCCAGCUGGGUCCACUGCUCCUCUGGCUGGCUGUUCAGCUGUCUACUAAGCCCAAAAAAAUACUAUCCCUCACUAGCAGAGGCCAGACCCAGAAAGAGGGAACAGUGAGGACCACCCCACCCGCUCCCAGAGAUAAGAGCUGAGCCACUCUCCCCAUUCAGGGAACAGUGGGUCCAGGCUGGAUGCUGGUAUGAUGGGAACUGCCCUUUUCACCUGCCAGGGAGUUCCUAAAGCUGAUCUUCCUGGGGUUCUGAAGGUUGCAACCUAGGUUAAUCACACCAGAUUCUAGGAACCACUGCCCAGACCAACCACCGCCAGUGCUGCAGAGGUCAAAGAAAUCCACAGCCACAGGAAAAGGAGCUUCUUUGGACAUGCCCAGCUCCAAACUGUCCCAGGGGGAACUGGCACAGCCCUUACAUAGCCCACCCCCUCUUGGCCUCACCGUGGCCUGGAAAUUGGCCAGAGGGUCCACAUCCUGCCCAAACCACUCUCCUCUCGUCCCAAGGCAAAGGUGAUGCCCUGAGGCCUAGGGCUGGAUAAACCCCAGCUCUGGAUGCUGCUAACCCACUCUGCUGCCCCACCCCAUCCUCCAAUUUUUAUACUAGGCUCUUCACCAUUGUGACGUCCCCAUGACAUAGUCUGAUGCACGAUAAAACAAUUAUUUCUUUA